UUUCAGUAAAUUUUUGUGUCAAUCAAUUUAUUCAACGUGGCGUGUUGUUAUUUACCUUCUUCUUACCCUAAAAUUUAGUCUUUUUACGUUACGUAGCUAACUAUCAAAUUGAAACAAUGAGCUCUAUUCUAAAACCGGUAUCAGAAACAUUUUCUGAGAAGAAAUCAGGCGAGAUCGAGCCAUUAGAUCCACUUUUAGAAGUAAACGAAAAUGUUCCAAGCGAGAUCUUUGAGAGGCCAUUCCAAGAAGCAGAAUAUGAGGAAAUAUCUCCACGUAUCUUCGGUUUGAAAGACAUCAGCGAACCACUAAGUAUACCAUCAUUGAAUAACGCUAUUUAUGAGCUUGGAGUUGUAAACCUAUGCUGGCCAGAAAUCAGUGAACCUGUAUUUGAGACACGUACAAGUUUUCCCAAAUCUUACUACACGAACAGCACAAAAGAGCGCCUUCUUCUUGCCUACGCUGAAAACUUUCGACGUCAGUUUAGUUUUUAUUACAAAGACAAACUACGGAAGCCUCUAUUACUACAAGUACCAAAUGAAUGUGGUUUGCAGAAAAUGGUGUGCACUUCAAUCAGACCUACGAAACUAUGUUACGCCGACACAAAUACUUGGCAAGGGAUUGCAUCGCUGGUUGCCGACUACUUUGAUUAUGAGCCCCUGACGAAACCAAUGCUGCAUCCGGAGCGUCUGAUGUCUCCCUACACCGCCAUCAUCCGCCGCAGCGGCAACCCGUUCGAGCUGGCGCACGUGACGGUGUCGUGGCUGAUCGGCGCCGGUUUCGACGCGUACGUGGUCGUCGGCUGCGCCAAACGCGACAUCUGCAUGGCCAUACGGUACAGGACCAUAUGCCCGGAGAUCCCCGACGAGAGAGAGGUGAUAAUAGAGCCCGAGCCGCCUUCCGAAGAACCUCGCUACAGGCUGGUGCCGCUACCGGACCUGACCUCCAAGUACUGCAAGGAGAUGGACGACAAGGAGGCCGAGAGGAAGCAGGCCGAGCUUGACAAGAUCGAGAGGGAGAAGCAGAGGAAGAUUGCGGAGCUAGAAGCCCCGCUUCCAGACCCCAUCGAUGGUUGGCGCACCCAUGCCUGGGUGCUAAUACUGCCUGGGCCCAUGGGAGUGGAAGUACCCUUCUUCAUCGAGCCCAGCGAGGGCAAGGCACACUCGCUGGACGCGCCGCAGUACCAGAACCUGGAAUCGGUGUAUAACCAUGAGAACUACUAUGUGAACCUGCAAAGCUGUGCCGACGGCCUCGGCGCGCUCAACUUCGACCUGAUGGACCUGACCUGCUGGGAGCACCUGAUUGCUGGAGAGCCCUUCCACCGCCGUCUAUUCGUGGGCAUCGACGUGGCUGACAAGCGAACCGCUGUGGAGACGGAGAAGCAUCUGGACAUACCCGCCAGCUGGGUGGAGAAGCUGGACAUUAGCGCUGAUGAAUACGAGCAAAGAUACCCGGGCAGCUAUAAAGUGAUACGUUACAAGAAGGUGGUUUUGGAGAAGUUCGCACCGUACUCCGAGAGGGAUGGGAUUGUGAAGCGAGUCAAGAUUUUUGAUGAUUACGCGUACACUGUACCAUUAUUGACGUACGAAUGGUACAAAAAUCGAGUCGACAAGAUGGAAACUGUAAAGAUAGAUCAUGUUGGUAGAGAAAUUCGUGAAACUUUCGGGAUUGGCAGAAAGGAUCACCUUAUAAAACACGUGUACUCCAUCGAUGCCCCCAUCGUGUCAGUGGAAGGGGUCCGCACGCUGGAGUUCAACUACUACGCCCGGUUAGACCACCUGACCAAGCUGGUCUGCUCGCCUCUGACCUUUGAUGAGCACUACACCAACAGAGAUGAUAGACUAGAAUCCCGAAUAAUAACAUAUACCGAAGGGAACAAAGCAGAACCCAAGCGGCAAGUGAAAGACGUGGUAGAGACUUACAGCAGGAACUACGCCAUAGAGUCCAAGGACGACGUCUGGAAGAAGAUAUUCCAUAUCCAGGAAAACACCAUAGAGCUGCUGUACCACUAUGCGUACAACUUUGUGACGAAUAACACUAGGCACUUCAUCAAACCUAACUUGGCUGAGACUGGGGGCAGGAUAUUGUUUUAUCCUGACAAGACGUCUGGGUACAUUGUCAUCAAGUUUGGAUUGCAUAUCGUGAUGCGUGUGGCUCAGCAAACAGAGGUCAUCAGCAUAAUCUAA